CCUCAGCGCAGGGAGCGAGGCUGCCGGAGACAGGCAGGGGGAGGCGGCCAGGCGCCCCGUCCGCUCCGGAGGAGGCCCGCCCGGCGCGGGGACGGGCGGCGGGGGCCGGCGGGAGAUCACACUCAAUACUCACACCCGGAAGCAAAAGGAAGAAUCUCCUGACUCUCUGGGCUUCAAGGAUGUCAUUAUGUUGUAUUGGAUGAAUUUAAACUAGCCAAGACUUCUUUCUGAAACACUUGCAGAAAGUGAACGUGCCUGAGGGAAGAGGAACACAAGAGAAGAGAGACAAUUGAUCACCACCAUUGGCCGAGACCUGAAAAAUGGUGCUGGAUGAACAGAGGAUUAGAACUUAAUUGUAAAAGGGAAAGAAAGUCUUGGCAGGCGAUUUGCUUCAUUUCCACAUUCAUCAUGGCCCAAAUCCUCUGGCUGGCUGGUUGAUGGGACUGUCCCAACGCUUCCUGCUUAGUUUCAGUGCAGAUCCCCUCUGCCUACGGAUCAAAAGACCUGGGAACAGGUGGGAACUGGAUGGUGCCAAAUACAGGAAUAGAAAGAGAAAUGGACUCUGACAAGCUAAAAUGGAAGUGACUUGACAGCUCCACGCUCAGCAGUUAUCUCCAGCCAGGACAGGUUAAGACGGUAAUCUCAGGCUUCAGUGGGAAAGCAGUAUGCAGGAAGCUGGUUUUCAGGCCACAAAUGCUUUAACAGAGUGCAAAUUCACCUGCGCCAGUGGUAAAUGCUUGUAUCUUGGUUCAUUGAUUUGUAACCAACAGAAUGACUGUGGGGAUAACAGUGAUGAAGAGAACUGUCUGCUUGUAACAGAGCAUCCACCUCCAGGCAUCUUUAGCUCUGAACUGGAGUUCGUUCAAAUCAUCAUCAUCGUUGUGGUUAUAACUGUUAUGGUGGUAGUGAUCAUCUGCUUGUUGAACCGUUACAAGCUCUCGACACGCUCCUUUAUCAACCGACAGAGUCAAAGCAGAAGACAGGAGGAAACUCUGCAGACGGAAGGGUGCUUGUGGCCUUCAGAAAGCUCAGUUUCGCGCCCGGGUGCUUCAGAGAUCAUGUACGCUCCAAGGUCCAGGGACAGGUUUACUGCCCCAUCUUUUAUGCAGCGGGACCGUUUCAGUCGCUUCCAGCCCACUUACCCUUACAUGCAGCAUGAGAUUGACCUUCCUCCGACCAUCUCCCUCUCCGACGGGGAAGAGCCGCCGCCGUACCAAGGUCCAUGCACCCUGCAGCUCCGGGACCCAGAACAGCAGAUGGAACUCAACCGGGAAUCUGUCAGGGCACCACCCAACCGAACCAUUUUUGAUAGCGACUUGAUAGACAUCUCGAUGUACAAUGGGGGCCCCUGCCCACCAAGCAGCAAUUCGGGCAUAAGUGCAACCAACUAUAGCAGUAACGGAAGGAUGGAAGGACCACCCCCGACGUACAGCGAGGUCAUGGGGCAUUACCCAGGCUCCUCUUUUUUCCAUCACCAGCACAGCAACGCGCCUCCUUCCUCGCAGAGAGGGAGCAGACUUCAGUUUCAGCAGAACAAUUCAGAGAGCACAAUAGUCCCCAGCAAAGGCCAGGACCGGAAACCAGGAAACCUGGUCUAAGUCCCUUGCCCAGGUGCAUUUGAACUGAAGACAAGGAGGUUGAAGCAGAGCGGCGGAGGAAAACCCCCAUGCUCCGGUGCACAAUGUUGUUAAGUUUCACCUGGUACAACGUAGUAAAACCAAACGUGCAAACCAGUUCUUUGUUUCUGAUUCCUUUCAGGGGAAUUGCAUGCAAAGCAGAUUGAAAGAAAUACGAACUUCCAUUUGGUUUGUCUACAAGCAGUGUUUCGGGGGUGGGGGGGAUAUAUUAUUUUUUUUUAAUAAACUAUUUCACUUAUUUAAUUCUAAAAGUUAACUUAGCACAGAAUUGAGGCUUGUACAGCCUGUUUUAUACUCACUGAAUGGCAGAAGAAGGAAAGUGGUUUUGCUAGAUAAAUGGGGGAAGAAUUGGCCAGUUUGCUUUUCAUUUUCUCCCAGGGUGUGGAUUUUUUUUUUAAUAUGAAACAAAAUUCCUGUUUUGUGUGCCAAGGUAUAAAGUUGAGAACUUAGAUGAAUGCAAGGAAUUAAUUUGUGUUGUGAUAAAUGUGUUUUAAAAAGUUGCACUAUCUUAAUGUUUAAAGAAAUAUAUAUGAGGGAACUGUUUUAUGUGAAGUUCUUCUAUAUGUUGUCUUUUCACCUGUGGAAUAAUGAUAGAGCCCCAGAAGUAAUCUGGAGGUCUUUCCCCCCCACCCCCGGUUUGCUAGAAAAAGGGGACAGGACUUAGCCUAACAUCUCUUGACUUUUGCAAAUCAAGAAAUACAGGGACACUUAACUUGUCUUUGCAAUAAUUUGCAUUCAAAUAGCAGUGCAUCAGUGAAGUGUCUUGGAGACUUUUGGAUGGAAGGAGGCAAAUAAGAAAUCCCAGCAUUUUCAUCACUUAUGGUUUAGCUAUUUUGCAGCAUAGACUAUAUGUUUUGUAAAUGGCAAAAUGAAGUUCCAGAUGUGUUAAUUUUUACUGAUUCUAAGUGCUGCCAUUCUUUUCCUUUUGAUAAUGCAGUAUCGCCAGUACUUAAGGUUUUAGAGAUUUUUGUCCUCACUGUAGCCUGAAAUGUAUUUAGUCACAUAUCAUGACAUUAUGCAAUAAAUUGUUUAAAAAUGUAAGGUGGGUUUUUUCCCCUGCAAUGCUGUUAAAAUACGUGAGACACGGUUGUGCUUUUUGCUUUCCAUUUCAUCCUUUAGGUAUCGAAGUUCAGUCCUGGAGAUCCAUCCCAUUGCACUGAAGGGGCCUUUUGUAUCUCUAACCCCCCUGUUGCAGUUUUCACCAGCAGUACCGAGAGCGCUGGUGGCAGUGGGGCUGGCUUCUGUGCCGUGUCUGGCAGUGACAGGAUAGCCCCAGUUAUUCCCACUGCAAACCAUUUUGCUCUGGGCCCUGUUGUGGAAACCCUCCUCCACGCAUCUCAUCUGGCUGGUGCCAGCAGGACUGUGCUCAUGGGUAAAAGAUGACUUGUGUAUUAACUAAGUGUCCGUAAGCCCAAGUUUUGCCAUGCUGGUCUUAAAAGUAGUUGAAACACGUUACCUGCCUGUAAAAUGGCAUGUGGGGUGUUUCUUCUCUGGCUGUUUCUGCGUGGAAGCACACGCGGCAGCGCUGGAAGGCAGCCGACAAACGGUGAUAGUGGCAUCACAAGCACAUGAAAAAGCACAACUUGCACUUAAAAUGCGUUUUGGAAAUGGACUUAAAGUAAGAACCUUUAGAAUCUUAGCUUGAAUAGUUUCUAAUACAUACGUGAGUGGGUGGGUGUCCUAGACCUUUUAAGAUCUUUGACUUUUUUCUGUUUGCUGAAGCCUUGUGCUUGGUUUCGGGCAGCAGCCACUGAGUGCCCCAAGUGCGCUGUGGGGGAGCGCAGUGCCCUGGCACCUGGUCCCAUGGCUGGAGGCUGGAUUUCUGCAGGACUUCUGUCCACCGGGGGCUCUGAUAACUGAAGUGCAUCUUUGAUCUAUGCAGAGUUUUAAUGCCAAAACAGUAUGCAUGUCCGUGUGUGUGUUUUAUGGGCCUCAGUGUAGAUUGUUUUCUUCAUAAGGUAAUUUGGUUUAUUCUGGUUCAGAAAAUGUUUAUGUAGCUGUUAGAAUACUUACAUUUGUCUCUGUCAUUGUUUUUUGGUCUGAGUCAUGCUGGUUAUGCAGAGUAAAGCUGCCUUUUAACUUAUGUGUUAUUUGAAGGGAGAGAUAGUGAUUGUAUGAUGGGAUUCACUUCUGUUUUUUUUUCCCUCACUCAGACUCACAGGACAGGUGUUUAGGAGAUGACUAGGUGGCUGUCAGUCAACUAGGGCUCUUGUCAUGUCUGGUUCCUGGGAAUAAAAGCUGUGAAACUAGAUUUUUGCAAACAACCCCUGAACAUAAUUCUUAGUUCAAAACAAAACACACACAAAAAAAACCAGUACAAGUAAACAAAAAAAAAACACAUCAAAGCAAAACCCAAAAAUCAAACAGAAGACAAAACCAGAAAAUGUUUGUUUUGGUCUUCAGUGACUUUCAUUGUCCUUUAGAAGUGAGCUUUCAAGUCAGAGAAUGUGUGUGUGCCUACACAGAUACUGUGCUGUUGCCUAAAUGAGGAUUAUUUAGCUGAGAAGCCUUUAGGCGAGAACAGCUGGAACAUGGCAGAGCACACCUGGACUGGGCCCUGGGCUUGGGCCAGUUCAAUACCAACUUUUCCCCAUGCAUAGAUUUCCGCAAAGGGAGCCUUGAAGUUGCCUUCAAAGUCACCUCUUGGGAACAUGCUUUCUUUGCAGACAGCUCUUUGCCAUCUUUUGCCGUCUCUGCAUGCCAGUCAGUUUAUGCACUUCCCAUUACAUUGUGCAGUACAAUGUGUAUGUACACUGUUGUAUCUUAAUUCUUCUUGAGUGAGGAAUUUUUUCUGUGCACGGAAAAUGUAACCUACUCCAGUUCUGUAGACGAGAUUUGUUUAAAAAGACUUAGUAUUUGCUCACCUAAUGGUUGCAUUUCCUCUUGCGUUUUUGCCUUCUCAUCAUAUUCUACUGUCCAAAGGUAACGUGCAGCCAGCAUACCUGUCAGCUCUGAAACUGUAGUCACUCGUUGCUCGCUAUAGGUGAGCUUGCAAUCUGCUACUUUUGUUUUGGGCCCCUCAGAGGAGUAAAUAUGGUGUUUUCUGAUUAGUAUUAGUGAUCUCUGAUAGGAGUGCCCUCAAUAGUAUAAUGUUGCAACUGUGUGUGUUUUCUGUUUCUAUAUUUAUUUUUACUGCAGUGAGAGAAUAUGCCCUUGCUAACAGGACAGGAUGGUAAAAGAAUUAAUAUCAGCAUAGCACUAUCAAUCUUUACAGGUUUAGAAACUGAUGAUCUCUGAAGAUAGAUAAUUCUAUGGAGCAUUUAUAGAAAGCUCCCUUUGAAACUAUCCAGAAUUAAUAAACUGUAUUCCACAGACAGUCAAAUGAAGCCUUGUAAUUUAUAAAAGAUCUCUGCAAACACUGUAGAGUUAAUAAUGUAGAUUAUACCUCCAUACUUGUGUUUUGGUUUAUGUGCAUCAUGCACAAAACCCACAUAAUAUGUGUGUGGAGUUUUCUGUGUGAUGGAUCAUAUUAACCUGAAUUCUGGUUGCAUCUCCUGACCUUUGCCCAGUAACCUAUCUACGCAGAAAUGAGUCUAGUGAUGUCUCUGCUUCAGAAGUUUUCAAGUUAAAAGAUAUAUAUAUAUUUUUUAGUGUACCUUUAAGAUAUAAAGCAUUAUGACCUCUAUCCUACUGCAAAGGUUACUUCUUCCCUUGGCACGACUCCCUUCUUGGUGCUAAGUUUGCCCCAUCUUUGGUGUUUUCCUGUGAUCUUACAGUGUUAGAAAAGGCAGGGGGUUUAGCAACUGAAGUUUCUGUCCCAGAUUCCCAACAGAGCACUUGGCUCUAAUUCUGGAUGUACAUUUAGCCUGUUUGUGGUAGGGUUAACCUUGUAGUAGGGUUAAUCUUGCUGCUGUAUAAGUAGGCUCUGUGCAUGUGACAUUGCUUAAAAGAUGUGAGGAAGACCAGCACCCAGUCAACAGAGCAGUGUUCAGAUCCACUUCCUGGAACAUGUGGCAUGUGCUGAAUUUGCGAUCCUUUGCUUAAUAGGGUGUUUUUUGUCAGGGAGGACAUGCUUAAUCUACUACUGGUCUUGUCACUGAUGGGCUCUGCUCUUAAAUCAGCUCCAGUCUGCUGUGACCAUUACAGCAUGCCUUUUCUGUGUCAUGUGUGACAAACUCAGAUGCAUGCCCUGUGUGCAAGUUCUUGAUGGCUAGUGAGGAAGGCAUUUACAUUCCUGCAGUCAUGGAAUCUGAAGGAGCCAUGGGUCAAGCUGUGCUUCGUUUGGCUUUUUAUUUCUUGCCCACAUAUCCCACCAAUUUGUCCCAGCUGGAACCUGCUUCUGUUUUCUCAAAUCUGAUUUUUUGAGUUGCAGAAAUACUUUUUUAAAAAUGCGACUGAUUUAUUUUAUUAUAUUUUUUUUUUCUGUGAAUGUGGUUCAGGGAAGGGUGAGGAGUGGGUUGACCUUGUUUCUGAAAAAAAAAAUGCACUUUCUUUGCAAUAGGGAAGAAGGCCUUGUCCUGCUGGAAAGUCCCGUGCAUAGGCUGGCUGGAGUAGCACUGUCUAAAGCAGUUGUUUCUAACCUUGCCAGGUAGUGAGAUAUUGGACCUUAAAACUGACUCUCUCAUCUGUAAGGAAUGUUUGAAUGGUUCAGAGAAGAUUGAUUACUAACCUUUCUCUGACUCUGAGCCGUGUAUGCUCAUGGUAGCUAAGGUAACCUGAUUUCAUAGGCAAAGAAAAAGAAGACAGAAUGAUGGUGAAAGUAGAUAUGCUCUUAAACUGUUGUGUUGGUUUUUUUUUUCCUUUUUUUUUUACCCAGUCAUAGACAAUAGGCUUGUUGGUACAUAUGAAGGAUUAUUCACAGGUUCUCUCUGGUCAUUACCAUUAAGUCAUGUCCAUGCACAUGUAUAUCUCUAUGUACCUGCAUGCAAACCUGUGCCUGUAUCCUGCCCCUUCAUUAUCUGUAUAUUAGUUACUCUUCCAGAAUCUCCUUCCAGAAGUGCUAAAUGGCUGCAUAUUGUGCUCUCAGGAACGGUGACAGGUCAUUUGUCAAACAGCUGGAGGCAUGAGGAGUAUUUGCUUUUCAGUCCUAUAAAUGUCAUGACUCUGUUUUUAUCAGUAAGGGAGUUUCGUACUGUGCAAAUUCUUGCCCGUGACCUGGUGCAUUCAUUGGUGCAUCUUCCAUCCAACAGCUCUCUCCUUCUGAGUGAGCUUUGAAAAAUCCUCAUGCUUUUGGGACAACCCUAAUGUAGACCUCAUGUAUUGAUGUACAGAAAGGUCCUUCAGUAUUCUGAAUCUCAGAAGCAUAUUUUUUCAAACCUGGCUGAUGCUGAGAACCAAGUGAUUUAUUCAUACAGUGGGUUCAGAUGAAGGCUGGCUUUUGAUUACUUUGCUUUUUAGAUAAAGGCUGUUGCCAAUAAUUUAAUUACAUGUAUUGGCUCUUUUUCUGCACUAUGUUGCCUGCUUGCCAACCAGCACUAUUAAAACUUUUAUUCUAAACUAGCUCUAAAUGUGUAAAUUGUUUAAAUCCCUGGGAAGAGGCACUCCUACUGAAUUGUCUGAGAUGUGUUGAGGCCUUUCAGAGCAUGGUUCCUUGUGAUGAGAACCUUGGAGGCUUCCCAUCCAAAGACUGUUCUGUACAUUUUGUUAGGAAAUUGUUUAAAGUUUUGAGAGUUUCCCAGCUGAAAAUGUUGGUUGGUAAUAUCACUGUUGUUUUUAAUACUUAAUAUAUUGUUUGCCAGUCUGUGCUCAUUAAUCAGGGAUGUAAAUUACCUCUGAUUGCCAUCGCUAUGCUGGCAAAAGCCCCACUGGGCACACUUGUACCAACAAAAAAUAAGAGUUUUCCUGGUACAGCUCCACUUGGGGAAUUACCAGAAGCUGCACCACUAAGUUCAGCCUCCAAAAACUGCAUCAGACCUGCACCGACUCUUCCCCGCAAACUCAAGGUUAGGUUAUGGCUCAGUUUCCAGGGAGUGUUGUACCACACCAGUCAGUACCCCAGACACACAGUGGAGGAGUCUGCCAGCGUUUCCUUGAAGUCACAACUAUUUGCAUUAAAUGUAUUCCAGUGCCGCUAAUGCCGUUUUUGUAACCACUCCCUGUAUUUCUCCUGCUUUCGAAAAGGAAAACCAAGCAUGAUUUUGUAUUGAGAAGUUCUGCAAACUCACCUGGCCCUUCUGCCUCGCUUUGCCUCUUCCCUUUCUGGACUGACCACAAGCAACCCAAGUAUUACUAGCAUCGCUUUCCUGCUAUAAAAGAGCUUACCUUUUUAUGUUGGUUAACAGUAAACAAACUCCUCACCUCGAUGCUUCCCCCUUCCCUCUGACAGCCGUGUGAUUUACUGCCAGAGAUGACUCUGUCAUUUCUUUGCUAUAUUGCUGCUGCUGCUGCUGUUUGAAAUGGUUUGAUGUGUGAGCUUUCCGAAACAACGUGGUGUGUGUAGGAUCUGGUGAGUGACAAGGCCGUCUCCUUUCUUCCUCUUUUAUCUCCUUGGUUUGUGCUUGUCUGUCUGCCGUGGUAGGUUUAUGAAUAAAUUAUAUAUGUCCGUAUUAGCUAUAAUUUUGGGGAGGUUUGCAUGUCAGUAGGUUGCAAGCAACUAAGGUGCCUCAUGUUCAGCUCUGAGCAGAUAGGAAUCCCCUUGCACUCGAGAGGGCCUGAUGUAAAGCCCAGUGAAGUUAGUAGGAAGACUCUUGCCAACUUCAGGGGACUUUGGAUCAGGCCUUAAGCUCCCACCUUUGUUGUGCCUCACUUAAAAUGGUGCUUUUUCAGUUGUCUGUCAUUUUUUCUGGUUUUUGUUGUGUUGUUUUUUUCUUUGUAUGGUGCUGUGUAUAACUUGUAUAUAUGAUGCACAUAUCCUACCCAAUGGGUAGAACAAACAAACAAAAACAGGUAGAUGUUAAUACUGUAAGAUAAUGUAUAGAUAAUACCAAUUUUAACACAAAAAGAAUGGCAUAGACUUUGUGAAUGCCACCUUCUGUGCUUGGUCCUUUUUUGUAAGAAAAUUUGCAAAUGGAUGCAUACAAAUGACAAAAAGUCUAUGUAUUUUAUUUUCCUAUUAAAUAUCAAUAUAGUAUCAUGAGGGGAAAAGUUUGAACAAAUCCUUUUUGACUACCCUGUGUAUAGCAAUUGGUUGUUUGAUGCAUCUUUGCUGUGAAGAUUUGUUCUUUUUUUUUUUAUAUAUAGAAAUGUGUCACUUUAAGAAAAAGAUAAAAACAUAGAACAUCAAAACCUCCACAGCUUUAACCUUGCAGCUAGAUGCUUCUUGUGUUGGUUGUUGCCUCCCUGUUGCUGAGUUGGACCAGUAUUAGUUACUACUUCUCCAGCAGAUACAUUAUUUAUUAUUAUCCUUUAUUACCUGUUUUGUUUUGUUUUGUUUUUUUGUUUAAACUUAGAAAUGGGUUGAAACCUUUGGAAUCUUUUUAUCCACACCCUAGGUUUGAAGUGAAGCUCAGACAUGUGGGAACUGAGCCAAGCCGUCCCUCCAAAAUCAGAACCUUGCCCUUGCUCUGUGCCCACCACUGGUAGAUCCUGCCAGUGCAGACUGGUGUGUAGCUGGGACUUGCUGAUGACCUGUGUAGCUGCAGGGGGGUGAGCCCUGAGGGUAGACAAGAAAAGCCACAGUAGGUAGUGAGCUGAAGGCAGGGUUUGGGCGUGAGCUUUGAGUCAGCAGCGCUGCCGCUGUGUUGACCUCUGACAGCAGAGGCUCAGCCCAGGUUCGUAUUUAGGAUUGUGGAGAAAGCCUGUUCAGACGCAGUGCAGGAAGUGGUGUGGAAAGUAAUUCAACACUUGACCAUUCCUGCCAGGCUCCCUCAGGAGUGAGGCCCUCCCCAGGUCUCCAGGCAUGGCUCUCCCCAGGCGUCUCCGCGCGUUAGGCUGUCCAUCCCCAUGCCCCCAUGUGCACUCGGUGCAGGCUCUUUGGUAAAGCAAAUACCUCAGGAAAACUCAACAUGAAGUUCUAGUGCAGAGACUUGCAGAUGCUGUACUUAUUUUUCUAAAAUGGUCUAACUAUCCCAGGAUGGUAGGUGAUGUAAAAGUUUAUCGAUCCAAGACAAACUAGUCCUCUCACCAAUGGAUAGCGACUAAUCUUUCAUAGAUACUCAUGUCUAUAUGUAACUUUUUUAUACUUGUCAGGCUUUAACCACAGAUGUAAGGUAGCAACGUGUUGAGAUACAUUUGAGAUGGCAUUUUUGUCUGUUUUUUCAAAUAAAUAGCUACAGUCUAUGCUAAAACUCUCAGGGGUCCUUAUCUGAGGCCCAAUGAAGUCAAUGGUGAGGCUUCCUUUGGUUUGAGUGAGCUCUCUAUCUGCUCGAUCAUGCUCAAGGAUGGUGCCUUGGAGCACAGUCCUUGACUUCUGUCAACCUGAAAUUUCAGCUACAUGUUUGUCUGCAAAUAUCUUUUUCAAAGCCCUCACAGGAGUCCUGUAUCUGAAUGUUGAUCAUGGUUGUUUUGGUGUGGUUUUUUUGUUGUUUUAAGAUGUGUGUAAAUUUUUUUUGGCCAGUUCUGCAUCAUCAAGCCCUUACAGGUAAACUUGUAUCCAUCCCUCUAUAUAUUGAGCUGUUUUAUCAGUAAGCGUGUACCAUAGGGAAAUACGCACGUUUCAUGACUGUCAUUUGUUAACUCAUUUAUUGUUUGUCUGGGCAUAGAGUCUUUGUUUUGGAAGUUUGCCUUGCCUGGCCACCUUCACGUUUCUGUUUGCAGGGCAGUACCACUUCUGUGCAGGAAGGAAGAAAAACAAUCAAAAAAAUCCCAGGCCUUGACUAGGAAGACUCUGUAGAGAGCAAACCUCCUGCUGGAGUAAUCUAGGGUAGGAUUUAUCAUAACAAAACUUGCAUAUUGAGUGGACCAAACAUGAGCAUGUUUCCUUUUAGAGGCACUAAUUUGCUUUGAAGCUGCAGUGGAAAGAGCAGACUAUCAAGUGUAUUCACAGCUGUGUUCACGCUUUUCUGUUUCCCACAAAGCACAGCAGGCAGCCAAGAUUUUAAAAGAAGUACAAGCAGAAGUUAUGAGAGCCUCAGAUAUCAUAGACCUGGACAGCAAAAACUAAAUAAAAAAAAUUAAAAUAAAUAAUAAUAAUAAUAAAUUCACUGUAGUAUUCUUUAACAAAGCUUUUCUACGUAUAGUACGAAGACUAAAUAUGCGUUGAUCGGGGUUUUAUCUUUGUAUAGCUAUCAACUGCCCAGUGCUGCUGUGCUCAGAGCAUUUCAGCAUGGUAUGUACAUCAGUCAGACUAUUACACUUAACCAUCAAAUGCCUGGUUUUAGAGUGCUGACCCUUUCUUUGUUGUUUCUUGCUAGUUAUUUUACAGUGUAAAACGCUUUAUUGCUGUAUGGAUCUUUUUGUAUUUCCAACAUUGUGGCUUUCAAGAUCACAUUUUCAGCACAUCUCUUUUGUUUUGUCCAUUUUGUUUCAAGCUAUUCUGAAAUAUGUACAGCACUAUCAACAAUAUUUAAUCUUUCUUUUAAGUUUUAUUGUUGUAAAAAACCACAAAACUAUUAAAAACAGUAAGUCUUUUUACAACUGUAUUGGAAUUUCUCAAUAGCUGUUCAUGUGAUGCUAUGACAAACCUGGCUUGCUUUAGUUUUUUUAAUUUCUUUUUUUUCCUUUUAACACGAAUAAUUUGUUGUUUAUUUUCCACCGUAACUCCCAGUUAUAUACAGGAAAAGAUUUCAACUGUUGUGUAUCUGACUCUUUUAAUUGAGCAAAUGGUGAUGUCCUAGUUUUUAGACCUAAGGUCUGUUUAUUGCAAUACUUUUAAAGGAAGAUGUUGCUCUAAGUGCUGUUGUUAGUUUUAAAUACAGAUUUUAUGCUUGUUCUUAAUAUGCUGUGGUUAAACCAUGGCACAAAAUUAUUAAAAAUCAUGAAAUGCA